UUUGGUAUCAGUUGCUUGUCGAGUUUCGGACGAUUAGGUCGCGAUAAAAAUUCAAUUCUAAACAUUUAGAAUUGUGUAAAAAAUUAUAAUGUGACGGUGAAAUUACACGCGUGAUUGAAACAUGUCUGCUCUUAUAAUGUUUUUCAUUUUAUCAGUAACACUAGCGACAACAAUCGAGUCUUUGAAUUUUAACCAUACAAGAAAGAAAAGGAACAUAUAUUUUGAAGAUCCCUGUGACUACGUCGAUCCUGUUCUGCCAGACUUCAGGUAUCCUGGGAAAAGGAUUUGCGAAGUUAAAUGUGAUGAAUACGUUUGGCAGAGAAUAAAUCGGGACAAAGCUGCAAAAAGGUUUCAGGAAUGUUUGGAAUAUAAUAGAAAUCAAGGUAUCCCCGGACCUUAUGGUGCUAUUGGUGGAAGAGAUGCAUUGUCAGGAGAAUAUCCACAUAUGGGAGCUAUAGGGUGGAAAGCUGUUCAGGGUACUUGGGUAUUUAAAUGCGGCAGCACACUCAUCAGCCCGAAGUUCACUCUUACAGCAGCCCACUGUACCAGAGCGCCGCCAGACCCAAGAACUGUUUCUGAAGUACCACAAAUUAUAAGGUUCGGAGAAAAAAACAUUAUUGACGUGUUAGAUCCAGUCGAUGCGAACAUAGUAAGAUUUUUUGUCCACCCACAAUAUAAAUCUCCUUCAAAAUACAACGAUAUCGCAUUGAUUGAAAUUGAUACAGAGCUAAAGUUCUCUAAAAACAUUCAGCCCGCUUGUCUGUGGAGCUACUUUGACACUAGUGUACUCGGUUCAAGCGCUACUUUAACAGGGUGGGGAGUUAUUGACACAGCUACAGGAAAGACGUCUCCAAUUCUGCAAGCAGCAGGCGUAAAUGUAAUCGACGAUGAGCUCUGUAACAGAUUGUUGAAACGAUCGUGCAGUAGACGAUGGUGCGGAGUCAAAGAUCAGAUCUGUGCAGGAAAACUAGAAGGAGGAGUAGAUGCUUGUCAAGGUGAUUCCGGUGGACCUUUACAAAUAAAAAUACCUCUACCACCAUCUGAUGAGGGUUCAAUGCACUAUGUAAUAGGUGUGACGUCAUUUGGGAUAGGUUGCGCUAGACCAAAUCUGCCUGGUAUAUACACUAGAGUUUCCACAUUUGUUGACUGGAUAGAAAAUAUUGUUUGGCCUGAAGAAAAUCAAUAUAAAAAAAAUGUUUAUUGAUAAUAAGUGAGUUAUGCUCCGAAAAUAUAAAUCUUAAUUUUCAUAAUCUAA